AUGGAACGGGUAGGCGAAUACGAAAUCGUGUCGGUCGUCGGCAGCGGCUCUUUUGGCAAGGCAGUCUUGGUGAAAGACAAAGCGGGUCGAAAGCUGAUCAUGAAACUGAUCAAUACACGACAGAUGAACAAAGAAGACAUCGAGGAGGCCAAAAGAGAAAUACAGGUCUUGUCUAAACUGGUGGAUGCUCCUUUCAUUGUUCACUACAGAAACGCAUUCAACGACACUUACCACGGGUAUCCCCACUUGUGCAUCGUCAUGGACUUCUGCGAGGUUGGGCUUGGAGUUGGCGUGUGUCUGUUUGAAGGGGGAGACAUGGCAAAGCUGAUCCGGGAGAGGAAGCGCCAGCGCAAAUAUUUCAGCGAAGUGACCCUCCGGACUUGGUUGCUGCAGCUGUCUAUUGCUCUUGAAUAUAUGCACAAGCACAAAAUCCUCCACAGAGACCUGAAACCAGCUAAUGUAUUUCUAGAUGAAAGCAACUACAUCCGAGUUGGAGAUCUGGGGCUGUCAAAAAUAUUGGAGUUUACGCUGCAACAAGCAAAAACGCAGUGCGGAACUCCUGCCUUCAUGGCCCCUGAACUAUGCAAGGGGAAGCCUUAUUCAUCAGCCGCAGAUAUCUGGGCGUUGGGCUGUAUAAUGAUAGAAGCAGCGACUUUUGAACUGCCGUUCCGGGGUCUGAGUUUCCCUGAACUCAACAGAAACAUUUGCAAUGCUCCGGCCCCCAAAAUCCCUGAGCGGUACUCCGCCGAACUGCGGACAAUCUGCGACAAGAUGCUCUGCAAAGACCCGGCAAUGAGGCCCACUGCCAAGGAAAUCCUGGAAAGCCCCUGCCUUAAGGUUGUGCGGAGGGGCUUCUUUGUAUUACCUUCCCCGUUUUACACGUUGCUUAUCUUUGUUGUUCGUUGGUUUUCUCUUGCUGAAUGA